UACAACAAAGACCCCACUCUGAAGGACCAAGUUCAUGUUCUGGUUUGUGUCGUCUCUGCUGAGACAUCAAACAUCCUGAGUGAUGAACAUGUGGAAAAGAUGAGGGAAGUCAGACUGACAGCCAGAGACAUGGGAAUUCCUGAAGUGGCUAUUCUCACCAAGAUUGAUGAAGUCUGUCCAGAGGUCAAAAAAGACAUAACGAACGUGUAUAAGAGCAAGUACCUGAAGAAACAGAUGGAGGACCUGAGUGUGGCGCUGGGUAUUCCACUGUACUGCAUCUUUCCUGUGAAGAACUACCACUCAGAGAUCGACACAGACGAUGACACUGAUACACUGAUACUGAGCGCACUGAGACGCAUCAUUAACUUAGGAGAAGACUUUGUCAACGACCAGUAGACCUCCAUACUGCUGACAAAUCUUACUUUACACACAGACGUCACCUAAUCACAGCGAGAAAAAAGUCAGUCUGCAACAUAAAAUGCAUGCAUGUAAUACAAUAUCAGGCAUUUAAAAAUAAGUUUUAAGCUAUGAUUUAAAAACAGGUAAUGUGCUAGCCAGCCUAAUCCCCUCAGGCAGAGAAUUCCAGAGCUUCGGGGCCUUGAUGGCAAAGGCCCGGUCACCUUUAGUUACCAACCACAAUCUAGGGACGACUAGUUAGGGCAGGCUUGAGGAUCUCAGGUCACGACUUGGAGCAUAGGUAGUCAGAAGCUCAGCUGUAUAACUCAGCACUCAUGCUGAGCUUUAAAAGUUAAUAAAAUGAUCUUAAAAUCAGUUCUGAAGUUAACAGGCGUUAACGUUGGGGUGAUAUGUGACGUAUGAUUUGUCCUAGUUAAAAUACGAGCUGCAGCAUUCUGCACUAGUUGAAGCCGAGCUACUGAAGAUUUCCUGAGGCAUGUUAACAGUGAGUUACAGUAGUCGCGAGAAAAUACAAAAACAUGAAUACGCUUUUGUAGGUCAGGAAAAGACAGUUGAUUUUGAUAAUAUUUCGUAGGUGAAAGUGGCAGGAUUCAAUGAGAUUAUUGACAUGUGGUUCAAAGUUCAGUUGAGAAUGAAAAGUGUAGCCUACAUCUCUUGCCGUAGAUUUUA